AUGAAUGACGCGCUUAUCGAUUGUAUUUACAGCGGAGAUCUCGUAAGCCAAGUCGCACGUGAUGUGACUAUUUUGUAUACCGAGCUCGAGAAAAUUGCUAAAACGAACUCUGAGAAGGUCAUGAACUUGAGAGGCCGAGGAAAAGGCACUUACAUUGCCUUUGACACUAUCGGAGCUGCUGAUCUCAUGGCGAAAAUGCGAAGCCACGGUAUCAUCUUGGGUGCCUAUGGAAAUUCGACGAUCCGACUAAGACCUAUGUUGAUUUUUCGUGAGGAACACGUAAACGCACCGGAAGCGAUACUUGGCGAGAAGACAUAUCAGUGA